AGAAGAAGAAAGUAUUUUCGUGGCUCAUGAGAUUUGUUCUUGAGGACUGGGCUAUAGGGAGUUCGGAAUCUAAUUGUAAGUAUUAUGUUGUUGAUUUAUGCAGCUGUAACUUUUGUUCGUGACUUUGAACAUAGUCUAGUAAAACGCAUGACACACCCACAAAUGUUUGUAGAGUUGCUGACUAACAGAGUAAACUAUGAAAAGUAAAGUCGCACACUAUAUGCUCCCAACAAUGUAAUGGGUAAACCUAAUAACAAUCGUUUCGGCAAUGCAGUGAUGUUUUUGUUUUUACACUACUAUCACUUGUAUUGCGUGUUUUAAUUUUCUAUUUCUAAUUUCUUACUCUGCAUUGUUGAAGUGCCCGUAAGUAAGCGUUUAACUGUUAUUCGACACUAAGUAUUAUUUCACGAAUAAAAAUAGAUUAUUGCCAAAACGUUGGUUAUUAGGUUUCCUAUUUAAAUUGUUGCGAGCGUAUAUAGAGUGCGACUUUAUUUGUAUACAUUGACCUUGCUCGCUUAGUAAGCAAGAAGAGCGUGUUCAUUAGGUCAACGCUUUUAUUAGUCAAUGCAUAUUAUUCAGGCUAUCCACUGUCUCUCUGAUUAAUUUGGCUCAACCACUGAUUGUUGUCAGGUGUAAACCUUUUCCUGUGGAGAGACCACUGUUUCUCAGAAGCCUUGUUUGUUUUUCUACUAAGGAGAAAAGCCCUAACAUGGCAUUGGUCGUCAGAUUGUCCACUCUCAUGUUUGUCCUCACCACAGGGACUGAGACAUCCAAAAGUAAGGCAUUCUGCAGGCACAAUUUGUAAUACUUUUGCCUACACUACAACUUCCAAAAUGCUCACACCAAAUGGUCUAGGAGUUUUUUUUAAACCCAAACUACACUUGUCAGUCGUAAUAUUUUCUAUACUACAGUCCUACAGUGCUGUUUAAUUUUGUUUGUCUAUCUAUUGCUUAAACAGGUCUAAGUCAGGGCCCAGAGUUAAAGUUAAAGCAGGUCAUCCAGGUGGAAUCUGGGGAGGAUGCAGUCCUACAGUGCUCUGUGAAGUUUGGUGAGAAAUCCCCUGGUAAUGUAGAGAUAGAGUGGGUUGUGUUGUGGAAGCUGGACCACAAUGGUGAUCACGAAGAUAAACCUGUGUUCCAAUCCAACAUAAUCAAUAAACAAUCCUCUGAUACCAGGAUGCCGCCGAGCCCAAAAUAUCAGCUUUUUGCCAAUGAGAAAGACCAAGUUGUGUCCCUGUUGGUCAAAGAAACCAAGCCUGAAGACGUGGGUCAGUAUGAGUGCGUGGUGAACACUAACAGUGGAAACACAAAGUGCACCAUCAUGCUGAAUGUCACAGGUGAGCUCAAAGCUUUUACAGUCCCUGAGUAUUUCCCAGUCAGGAAAAACUCAGGUCCUUACACAUAGGUUGUGAAGAAGGAACUUUGAAUUCAAAACUAACACUGACCAUUUACUUGUAUUUAACAAUUAAAUGCAACUCACAUUUUCAGAUGUAUCUGAGAAGGACUGGUUCAAUGCACAGUCCACAAUAUUUUUUUCCCAGAAGACAAUAAACCUGUCCUGUUCUUUUCUAAUUUUAUUAUCUAAUUAAUAUAGUACUACCAUAGAGUUGAUUUGAAGGUCAAUUUCACCCCACGGAAAGACAAAGCCAGUACCAGCUGGUGUCUAAACAACACAAGCCUCUUGUCCACUGCACAGGUCUACACCACAGCCAUUACCAUAGAGUUCAAAGUUGGCCUUUAAUCUUUGUUAGAAAUCGCUGCCAGUAAAUCCACGUCUUAUUUGUGAAUGACAAGACUUAUUGAUGACUUAGUGACUCGGGGGGGGUCCCCAGUAAUCCUCUUACAUAGAACACGUGGUGGACAGCUCAAGGGGGCUGGGAGGGGGGGUCAUUCCUUGUGAAGGGAUGAUUACAGUUAGACUAGCCUACUAGUGUAAAAUCUUGUCAGCAUUUACUGUAUGUCUAUGGCAAGGAUUUUCUCAGUGCUUGUACUCAUUGGACAGAAUGUAGAGUGACAGCUGUGGCACCAGUGUGGCGGUCACACAGUGCAUUGCAUCAUAUCUCCUCACAGUGUAACAAUAUAGUAUUCUCCUUUUUACGUCAUGAUUUCCACUGUGCAGAGGAUCCAUCAAGAAUUCUUGCUUUUCUGACAUUACCGUCUAUUACUGUCCAUAUAUUAUAUAAAUUGACAGCUACCUUUAAACCAAUACCUUACAAACAUGACUUAAUUGAUCGCAUCCCUGAAUGUGACAUGAUUUUCACUUCUGAUUUUGUAUGUGUUACAGAAACAGCCCUUGAGAAUCCUGAAAAUCCUGGGACUCAAAAGGAUAUUCCAAAGAACAGUUACAUGGGUGUGGCUGCUGUAUUUGUGGUAGUAGGCUCUCUUGCCAUUGGACUGCUGCUUCUCAAGCUGUUUCAAGCCAUAAGACUCAGACAACGUGAGCACCCAGGGUCAUGUUCAUUAGGGCACACUGUUGCAAAACGCUUCAAGACUUUAUUCAGAUCACUUCUUUCCAUUUCGUGCCUAGUGAACACGACCCUGCUUUCGAAAGUCUCCGCAGAGAGGAAUGCAGAGGUCUGGGAAGAUUAGUAGAGUACUUCCUGUGCUGGCUAAAUGCCAGGAUGUUGCUAAAUAAUAAGUGGAAUGGAGAACUAACUCCUCAGACAAGAGGACUGAGCUUUGUUUGAAUUGUGUUUUAGUUUCUCUAUUCCUCUCCUCCUCCUUCCCAGAAAGGAAUUCAGGAUUUGUUAUUGUUUUGUCAGUGCGUGAUAAAUCACAAACCAUGGUAGAGCACACAGUAUCAACCCCUGUAAAAGGCUGCUUCUGGUUUCUCUUUCCAGAUGAACCAUUGACACAGGAGGACUCUGUUGUGGCAGAAGGUAUGUUUGUGUUUAUUAUUUUCAUCUACCUAAUGGAACAGGGAUUCCUGUCAAAACUAUCAAAUGUAUAGUAAAAUGCUGUUUAUAAAAUGCAAGGGAUAAAAUGUGUACAGUAAACUGUAGGGCCAACAGUGAAAUAUUAUGUAUAACAUGUGUACAGUAAACUGUAGGGCCAACAAUAAAAUGCUAUGUAUAAAAUGUGUACAGUAAAAUAGUGUAUAACAGUGUUGGUAUUCCUAUUGUCUCCUAUGGAACCAGAGCCUGAGGAUACAGCAGUCCCAGCAGAGCACGACCUCAGCACCAUGACAGGACUGUUUCUGUAGCGACAUAUGUAUUAUCAGGAGUGCUAUGGGCUCUCUUCCCUGUCGGUGUCAUGUCUGCUCUGUCUUAAAUGUCAACCAGCUAACUGAAUGUGACUGCUUUGCCUGGAAAAUUGAAAAAUCUGGCGCAACACUCUAUUCUGUUCCACCUCUGCAGGAGAAAGAGUCCAUUCAUUGUCCUGCUACCAAGCUAACAGUAUUAACAGCAUUGUCUGUAGUUGUUAACCACACCAGAUUAUUCUUUCAUAAAAAAUAUGAUCUAUUGUGAAUAAAACCUGAAAUGAGAGUAUAUAGGACUAUCUGGAAGGACACACGCAUAUGCACAUAUUUAGUGGACAUUGAUUUGACAGUGAAGACACUAGUGUGACCCAGUAGCAGUGUGUGAAAUUGAUCUUGACCAAACACAUAUUUUGUGCAUCACAAUUUGAGUAAGUAAUUUAUUCAGAAGCCAAUAUUGGGUUUUAGUGGAUUUGAGAGUUGCUUUAGUUGACAUGCCUCUGUUCCAUUAGGCCCAGUGUUUUCCUGUGUCAUGGUUCUGGAACUGGACAUGGGCACUGUAGGUAUGAUAAGUAUUCAACCCCCUUAGAUUUCUUCACAUUUUAUUGUUACAAAGUGGGAUUCAAAUUGAUUUAAUUGUCAU